AUGUCGUACUUCUGCGUAGUUUUUGUUGCCUCCGAUUUGGUUAGAUUUGUUGCAGUUGUUAUUAAGUCUACUGGCAUGGAAGACAUAGACUCAUUGGUCGGCGAGCUGAGCGGAACACAUGUGGAUUCGGCAACAUUAGGAGAGCAUCCACGAUUCAGUCGAUAUAAAAACGCCGGAAAAGCGGCUGAGCAACAAGCUCAACGUAGACGAGAUGCGAUGGAACGUCAGCGAAAUAGCCGCUUUGAUCAUUUCAACCAUACGAGAAUGUUGGCCGAGAAUGAAACGUAUGACGAAGAGGAUGAGCAAACGGUGAUUAUUAGCGCGGAACAAAAUGGAGAAUAUGCAGAUGUAUUGAUGCUGAGUGAGUGGUUAGUGGAUAUACCAGAGCAACUUUCAUCAGAAUGGAUAAUGGUGCCUUCGCCAGUGGGAAAGCGAGUACUUGUGGUAGCAGCAAAGGGUACAACAACGGCGUAUAAUAAAGGUGGCAAAGCCGUCACGCAGUUUCGGUCACGUCUGCCAGGCGGAUCAGUGAAGUCAACAAAGGUGUACACGAUUUUGGAUUGCAUAUUGGAUUCAAAGAAGACGUUCUAUUGCUUGGAUGUGUUGGCAUGGAACGGAAUGGAUAUGAGUGCGAAUCCAUUCGAUUUCCGACAAUUCAUGCUCAGCUCUAAAUUGCAAGAGCUCUCCGAAGUAUCUGUAGCUACAAAGAAAUUCCCUUACCGUUUCCUAUCAUUGCCUUGUUGCAAGUGCGAGCCCAAACUAAUGGAAGAAAUGAUGGGAAAUGGAUUCGAUUUUGAACUAGACGGUUUGUUAUAUUAUCACACUGGUGUUGUCUACGAAGCUGGUCAGAGUCCUCUGGUUGGAUGGUUGAAGCCGUGGAUGCUGCCAGAAAUAUUGAAUGUGACGGUUCCCGAAAAAAUGAAACAGCAAAAAUCUGCACAAUUUUACAAAUAA